GCUUCCUGUGGCUUCUGGGCGCUCCUUGGUCCUCCAAACUGUUACACGGUUUGUUUGAUGUGCUUCAUUUGAAGCGACAAUGAAAAACUCAAGUGUUAAGGAAGUUGCUUUAGGAAGUUAACUAAGCCCAAGCAACGUGUCUGCGCCAGUUUCUAAAGACGAGAGUCGAGUUGGAGAAGAGCCGUGGUGUGUUGGUCCCCCUCCCGAAGUCUUCAACUUGUAAGGUGACAUCAACUAACUGAUGGUCUCACAGAUGAUGAACUGAAGGCAAAGCCGCAUUUGGCUGUCACCCUACUCCAUUCAAAAACAUGGCAGACAGUUUUUACAAGUUGGAAGAUGAAGCCUUCCCCAGUUUCCUCUGCAAGUCUCUGGACAGCACCAGUGGCCGUGCCACACUGGGGAAUGUGACAUUGGGUUCAGGCCCAGGACUUCCAGUGGCUGCCUCUACAGUGGCUAAAAUUAGACCGGGGUCUGACAACAGAGGAGAUCCUGUUGAGGCGUCCUAUCUGGAGGGGAGAGAGCUGCAGCAGGCUAACCCACAGUCAUCUGUUGGAGAAAAGCCCAAGUUUGCCCUCAGCUUCAAAGAUGACUUGGACAAUGCGGAUGACUUCAUUGCAGCCCAUCGUCUUUCAGACAUGCUGGUGAAAAUUAACCUGGAUGAGACUGCUUCUCAGAACCAAGGCUCAAUGUUGGGUCUUCCACCCACACAGAUGGGCUCGGUCCACGGCCGGCUAACGGAACUUGGAACAGAUCUGUCAACAGGGCUUCUGACGUUUGCUCAGAUUGGACAUAAAGAGAGUUCAGAUGCAAAGGCUCAACACUUACAAGCUACAUCUGAGGAGGACAACGUGCAGAGUGAGGGAGUGGACAGUGACCAUUUCAGUGGCAGUAAUUCAAGCUUCCUGGCAAAUGAGAAGCUCAUGUCUGUGGACAGCAUGAACAGCGAUAUCACAGAUGAUGAUAUUGAUUCGAACAACCUGCCUGAUGAUGAACUGGAGCUGUAUUUCAAUAAGCUGGUGCCUCCUGCCAUGCAGAGAGGCAGAGUGGAGGGUCAGGAGAUUCCUGCAAAAGGACUGCAAGGUGAUGAUGAUGAUAUAUCAAACCCAAGUUCUACAGAACCAGAACAGUAUAGACACCAGUUCCUUGAUGACUAUGAUCAGGAGGACUUCCAGAUGCCUCAUGUGCGUCUGGCUGCUACAGGUAUGGACUCCUGUCCUGCCAGUGAUGAAGACACGGAGGAUGAGCUGCAGUCUGCCAGAAGGAACAGCAAUGCUACCAGGACACGACUGUUGCCCAGCACCUCCAGACAGCUGGUCGGAGAGAGUAAUCGUCCCAGUUUCAGGCCGGGCUUAGAGGGAGGCAGUUCUGAUGAUGAGGCUUCCAGUGGCCGUGGUGGUCCAUCUCUGUCUGGGAUUGAACACAGACGAUCUGCUGAGGGACAAGUCAUCAACCCUCCAGUCACAGGUGAUGGAGGUGGUGGGGACGGGAGCAGUGGAAGUGAAGAAGGCGGAAAUGAUGGUGGAGUUUCAACCAUCCCUCUCCCACCGACUAACAUUCAGACCACCUAUGAUGUCCUGCGUGGCCUGGGGAUUGUAGGAAGCAGUGCUGUUGGUGAAGAUGACGAGGGCGAUCUGAAUAUUCUGCCAGGACACGGAAGGAGCAGUCUUUCCAGACAUACUGAGAUGGGUGACCGUGUGGGACCUGUAGGAACAGGAGAGACCAGCUCCUCUUUGGGGCCAUCAGGGGGAACUCAGAGGCUUUCUCCUGUCAACUGGAGCAUGGUCCUGGACCGACAGGGGACACUGGAUGCCAUGGAGAGCACAGAGUCUGGGCUCACUGUUGACCGAAUGUUGGACUCAGUCUACCUAAGGAGUGGAGCUGGACUCAGGAGACCUCAGGACACGGCAAACCUAACUGUCUCCCACCUUCAAUGCACCCAGGGCAGCUUCCACCUCUCCCAGGUUCUGCUCCCAGAAUGCAGUGAUGAGGAUGAUGAUGGAGUAGAUGAGGCGGAUGGUGCUAGGCCUUCUUUGGGCUUAAGGGGCGGGCCAUGUGGUAAUGUGACUGACGCAGAGGCUUCAGGCAGUACCAGUGAGGAUGACAACAAUCCCCUUUCCACCUCCCUGGAACCCAAGUAUUUCUCCCAGAGCUUCCAGCAGGAACAGGAAGAUUCAGAUGAUUGCUGGAACCAUUGCCCAGACAACCAGGAGCUGGACUUUCAACAAGGUGCCAAUGCCACUCAUAGUGUGGUGUACCAGAAUGAAGAAGGGCAGUGGGUGACAGACCUGGCAUAUUACUCCUCCUUUGAGAAAGAGGUUGAUGGAAAGACAUCAGAGGAUGUUGGCCAGUUCCAGACUGAGGACUUUGUUCCUGCCAGUGAUGCUAUGGAAAAGAUAGUUCAGGAUCAAGAAGAAUUUGAGAAGGAGCACCAAUUCAUGCAGGAGGAGAAGAUUGAACCAGCCAGCAGCAACAGCACCUUUCAAAGUGACUCCUCUUGGAAGGUUCCCUCAAACAGCCACAUCCUGAUGAGGGCUUCCCAGGUCUCGUCAGAUUUUAAGCGCGGGGACCAAAGCUACCUGCGACUGUCUUUAGGGCAAUUUUUUGGACAACGCUCUGAAGCCCUGGGCUGUCUGGGCAGCACUGAGGAUGUGGAUGGAUUUAAACGGCCAUCCUUUGGCUACAUCAUUACCUCUCCAGAGAAGAGGGAACCAUUCGCCCUAAUUCACCCCUCAGAGUUCUCGUCUACAGACACCUCUCCUGAGACUGUAGAGCUCAGUGACGCAGACAGGACACUCAACCCAGAGGACCUGGACAAAACUCUUGAGGCACCUGGUGAAAGGAUGUCACCGAAAGGGGAUACUGAUCCAGAACCAUGUAAACAGGAGGACCAUACCGUUGACUCUGCAGCUGCACUGCCUGACCACAGGGACUUAAGUAACCAGAGCUGUGUGUCGCCUGACAAUAACAGCAGCCAGCUGAUACUGAGUAUCAGCACAAUUGCUUCAGCCAUUGCUGAUGCUUCCAUCAGCACAGACCCUUCACAGCUGGCUGCCAUGAUCAUGGAGCUGUCCAAGAGAAGUAGGGCGAGGAAUCGACCUGCUGUCAACUGCAGAGAGGAACCACACUCGGCUAAACAUAUUCUCCCAGAGCUGGAUCAUAGCGCCGUGUUGGACACACUGCAGAGAAGCACCUGUGUUGGAGAGCUGAGUGCCUUCGACAUUGAGAAAUACCUGAAAAAUACUGAAGUGUCAAGCAGCAGCGAUGCCUCUGUGGAACACACUACCUUUGACCUGACCGGCUGGGCUGACAACCUCAACAGCGCUCAAAGGAACCCUCUGGCAGGAUAUCUUGAGGAACAGGGGAGCUCAGCUCCGCUUGUCGAUAAGGAGACCCAACAUGAGUCCAAUGACACUGAGGAGAAAGCCAAAAGAGGAGAGACAACAUUAAACACCAACUCAUCUGAAGUGUCUCAUUCAAAUGCAUUAUCUCCAGGUCAUAAGGGUGACUCAAAGAGAAGUUUCAUUCCUCGUCCUCAUACGUCUUUUAGCUCUGCCAGAAGGUCUGUGGGCUCAGGCCAGUCUUCCACUCUCAAGGCGUCUCUAGACAAAAUGGCAGCAUGUGAUAACUCUGCUUCAUCUGCCACCAAAACUUGUGGUUCCUCAGGCAGGACCUUCACAGAAAGAGGAGUCAAGCCAGGAGACUUGAACCCACACGCAUCCAAUACUACGUCUCCCUUAGAAACGUCUCAAAAGAGUGAUAAAAGCUCUGCUGCCUCACCUGGCUUACCAAGAACCUCACCAGGCUGGAGGAAAGGGCAGACAGGGAGUGCAGGCCAGCAGCAGCAGGGCAGACCCAGUAAUUCUUCAAAGAACUCGCCACCCAGGAAUAUCAUGGCUGCUCCACUACCUUGUCACUCUAUAGAGAGACAUGAUGACUUCACUUGCCAUAACACCCAGCUUCCCCGAAACUCUGCAUCUGACCUGCUGAAGGGUUUUUCUGAGCCCUGUGUGGAGGAGACACAGUGUAACUUCAGACCGUCCACCUCUCCGCUUACUCACUCCUCUCCAAGCCAGACCUCCGUUCCCAGUGCUGAUGGGAUGGUGUCUCCGGUGUCGUCCAGUGGAGGUCUGGCAGACAAACGUCCAGGUCUUGGCCUCUCUCCUCAGUCUCCCUGCUCGAGCCCGAGUCUUAGCAGGCUCACGUACAUCUCAAUCAACGAUGGCACUGUCAUACCUACACCUGAGAGGCAAAAGAAUAACUGUACCAUGGCACUGAGCACCACCAUCAUCCGAUUCAGUCCAACUCCACCUGUGGAACCAGAUGCACAGUCCAACAUUGAUAUUCCUGCUUUGCCCAAAAACCUGGACCAGGUGCAACCACAGCAUUCUAAAAGUCUGGACCCACUACCGGCACAGCACUGUAAAAGCCCGGAGCCGUCACGCAGUGGUUCUGCUCUGAGCUGCACUCGCAGCCAGAGUGAAUGCAACUACCACUGCCCUGGUAGCAGAACUAGUGAUCUAUCAGCUGGUUGCAGGAACCACAAUCACUUCUCUGAGUCCAAUGUAAGACAGCUCACUAAAGUGGACUCAGGCUAUUGCAGUAAUCUGAACAUUCAGCAAACUACCAGCACUGCAGCUCCUCAGGGCUCUCAGCAGUGGGGAGCUUCUAGCUCGGUGUCGUCGUCGGUGUAUGCUGGUGGCCUUGGCGUGCCUCCGUCCUACUCAGCAGAGGGACUUCACUAUGUGCCCAUUUCCAGCUUUAAGCCCCAAUGUACUGGCUUGAUUGACCUUCCCCAUCAAGGAGAUAUGCAGUCCCUCCUCAAUGGACGCUCUCUCUUCAACUCCCAGCUGGCUCAGCAGUAUUUGGGAUCUGAAGCUCCAUUACAUCCUGGUGCUUAUCAUGUGGGAGCAACAGGAAAUGGUCUCUUCAGCAUACCCAACGGUGAUCUCACAGUAAGACACAUCCAUCCCACAUCAGCUCCUCUGGGGAUUUCUGGGGCUGUUGGGUCGCUUCACCUGCCUAGACCCCAUCACAGACAGCAGGAUACGGGAAUGAUGGGAAAACCCUACAGUCAAUAUGGUGCAGAGCCACUGGGUGCAGGUGGUCUUGAAGAACUGAGAGGCCAAGUGGUGGUGCCAGAGGAACUACGGUUCCCUCACGCCUGCUGUGUAGGCAUCGCCUCACAGACCUCCCUCAGCCUCUUCAACCCCUCUGAGAGAUGGCAGCAGGUGUCAAUCACUGUCACCAGCCUGGCCAUCGAUGGAGAGAAGGUGGAUAGCUUGCCUUACCAGUGGCUUAUAGUGAAGAACAAGACGAUCAUUGGCCCUAAGAGUACAGAGGAGCAGAAGGUGUUGUUCAUCCCUCCACAGGCUGGUGUCUAUCAGUGUGUCCUCAGUGUCUGCUCCUGGCCUGCAUCUGCUGAGACAGAGGUUGCUGCCAGGGCCACUAUCUUUGCUAAAAGGGUGUUGCUGGUUGCCAUAGCAGAGAAUCCUGUGCUAGAGGUUGAAGUAAGUAAAUCUGGCUGUCUGGAUUUUGGAGACCUUCCAGGAGGCAGUGCCAAAUCCCUUCCUCUUAAACUGCUCAACAGAACUCGUGCUACGGUGCCCAUCCGUCUAGUCAUCAGUGCAAAUGCUACAGCAUGGCGGUGCUUCACCUUUUCCAAGCAUCCUGUUACCAUGACAUCUGAGGCAACACCGCAAGCUGGACACGUGACCCAAGUGUCCUCUCCCUCUGUGAUGAAUCACGUGCUGCAUGCCAGCUACGAAGAGAAUUCACAGAGCUUCAUGGUCUGGGUUCACUUCAAGGCCCCUCAGAAGUACACAGUUUCCUCUGGAGAGCUUGGUCCGGCUGAUGAGUACUGCGCUCGGGUGGACAUUGAAGUGGACUCUCCUGGUCCGAGCCAUGUGAUCAACAGUAUUCCCCUCAGAGCAAGAUCUGGAACCGCAAGGGUCCAUGCUCCUAAAGACCUGCAGACUGUCAGCCUCUCUGCACCGCUGGGUAAAUCUAGUCAACAGAUGCUGCCAUUAAAGAAUGCAGGAAACAUUGACGUGCAGCUGAAACUCAAGUGCAGUGAUACUGAGGACAGUUUCUCUGUGACACCUGAUGAACUGUCUGUGCGAGUGGGAGAGGAGCAAGGCAUCAUGGUCUCCUUCAAAGCACAGGGCAGCAGGAAAUAUCGAGAAAGCCUUCUCACCAUCUUGGUGCUGCCAACAGGUCCUCAGUAUGAGGUAACCCUGAAAGGAGAAGUUGUCCCACAGGACUUGGGGAAACCGGCCAUUCCCUCUCCUGCUGUCCUUGGUCCUGGUGUGGCCAACGCUGUUCCACCAAUUCUCUCUAAUAAACAAUUCGUAGCAUGGGGAGGUGUCACUCUGGGACGAGCUGUCCAACAGAAGCUGGUUCUAAGGAACAACUCUGCCAACGCCACACAGCAGCUACGGUUACUUAUUCGUGGUCAAGACCAAGACUGUUUUCAGCUCCAGAGUAUGUUCAGUCCUGAAGAGCGUCUGACUCGACACGGGGAGCUGUCCAUUCGUCCCAGGGAGGAUGUGACUGUCCACCUGCUCUUUGCUCCCACCAGGGUGGCCUGCAUGUUGGCCAAGCUGGAGAUCAAACAGUCUGGAGUUCGGCCUUCACAGCCAGGGGUCAAAUUCACUAUUCCGCUGUCGGGCUACGGUGGGACCAGCAACAUCAUCCUAGAGGACCAGAGGAAACAGGCGGACGGUUAUGUGGCGACGCUGACCGACAUUGCUGUUAGCCGCGUCAGCAAGGUGUGUCUGUGCGUGAGGAACACCGGCUCCAGAGCAGCUUUCAUAAAAGCCGUGGCCUUCUCUGAUGUACAGACACGAUCAGUUAUGGAACCUUCUGUCAUCAGCCUCGCUCCGUCACAGUUUGUUCUGAAGGAAAGGACACAAGAGGUGAUCACUGUGCUAAUGAAGUCCACCCAAAGAGAACAGACCCUAUGUCAGUCGGCCAAUGCACAGCUGGCUACUAUCUUUCUUUUCUGUGGAGAUGAGGUAUCCAGGCAGCAGUAUAGGAGAUUGCUUCAGAGCAAACCAGAGGCUGUGCGGAAGGCUCUGUCUGAGAACAGUCUGCUGAAAAACAUCGACUUUAAUGAGAAGUUCCUGGCAGAGGAAAAUGUUACAGAGAACUACGACCUGCCCCAGCGGCCCAAUGAGGCUCACAUCUUUUAUGGAAACAUGAGUAAGAUAGUGGUGUCGUUGCUGGGAAUUACAAAGAGCACCAACUGUGAGGAGAGCGACCACACUGAGCUGCUGCCGCCCUCUGCCAGACACAGUUCAGAGGCAGACAGCGGUCUGCCAAAUGGUAACGUGUCUCUGGACGUCCUGCCAGUGAAAGGCCCCCAAGGUCCAGCACUGAGAGCGACGGAGCCCUCCUUAAAGGCCUCAGAGCCAUUACCCAGGCAGUCCGAGUCGUGGACCAUCCAUCCAGAACAACUCGUCCUCGCAGCUCCCACGAUCAAUGGUGCAGCCACAACUAGUCAGGUUCAGAUCCGGAACAAUACAUCCAGAGAGCUGUGCUUUGAUUUGUCCUGGCCCGCUCACUGCCUUACCAUCACCCCUCAGCAUGGCGUCAUCGAGCCUCAGUGCCACCUGCAGAUUUUGAUCAGCCCCAACCCUUCACUAGCAACUAAAUCUGCCCUGCUGCCAUGGAGUGGACAGAUUUAUGUCCAGUGCGAUGGUCAACAGAAGUUUAUUAAGGUCCAGAUUCGCCGGGACCUGGCUCUGGAUGUGUCCGCGACCCCAGCAGACACAACUUUGUCAGCCCUGCCUCCUCAGGCUGCCACCCCAGUGCUGCCUGUGGGCAGGGUCUCCAACAGGCCCUCGCUUCCCCCGCAGACCCCACAGGCAUCUCAAGCCCUGGUGGAGAUUAGCAACAAGACCAUCGUCUUCCCCACCACUCCCUCGGGGGAAACAUCAGAGGCCCAGCUGGAGGUGCAGAAUGGGGAAGUGGAGGUGAGGUGGUACCUCUCAUCAUUUGCUCCUCCAUAUGUCAAGGGGGUUGACAACACCGGAGAUGUUUACCGGGCCACUUACACUGCUUUCAGAUGUUCCAGGGUCUCAGGCACUUUGGGAGACCAUGAGAAGAUGCAGGUUCCCAUCACUUUCCUCCCCAGGGACAGAGGGGACUAUGCCCAGUUCUGGGACUUGGAGUGCCACCCUGUGUCUGAGCCCCAGCAGAAAACCAGAAUCCGCUUCCAGCUCUGUGGCACCGGAAUAAAGCCUGGGCCAGUAGAAGGACCACAGGAAGGAGACUGCUCUCUGGUGAAGACGGAGGCCACAGUCAAGACCAGGAAGAGAGCUGAUGCCUCAGCAGGCCAAACAAGCCAAGAGGAGGCGGUGCGGAGGGGUGUGUAUUCUCCACAGGAUCUGUACACCUUCCCAGCUACCCGUGUGGGUGAAUCCAGCACUCUGAAGGUCAACAUCCGCAACAACUCGUCCCUCACGCAUGAGCUGAAAUUUGUAAACCCUAGGGAGCCCUUCCACAUCAAGCAUUCGAAAUAUUCCCUGAGAUCACAGCACUAUCUGAAGCUACCCGUCCAGUUCAAGCCCAGUACUGCAGGCCGACACGCUGGCUUGCUGCUCGUCCAGUCAGAAACAAGUGGAAGUCUUGUUAUUCAGCUGACCGGUGAGACAUCGCCUUGAAUUCACCAUCUACCAUCCUACGCCACCUCCUCAUGCUGGCUGGCUGGCUCGCUGGCUUUGGGUGGACUCUCUUCUCUGUACUGUUCAUCAUGGGACAGACAAGAGUAACAGCAGUUUGUAGUUUUGCUGUUUCCUCUCCAAGGAUCGAAUAAAAGCAACCCUGGACUUAAAUCCUUUCUUGUUAUCAUACUUGGAGAUGUAGAAAGAAAAACUGAUUAACUGGAGAUGACUGAGACUCUACCGCCAACACAAACCCGUCCACCUCUGGAUGUGGCACAGGUGUCCUCGGCUGGCCCAUGAAAAACAAUUGUGCCUGAAGCUGAAUGAUUUGGUCUGACUGGCUCACAAUUAGUGUGCACCACUCAGGCCUUUCAGAGAGCUAAUGAUAUUUGUCACUUGACUCGGUCUGGUAUUUGCCUUAUCCCUGAGUCACGUCACAAGACAGCGUUGUUGUUGUUGCCAUGGCCCCUGUCAGACAGUACCAGUUGGGAUACGUUGGGGAUUACUUGGAGUUGGUCACACAGGAAUGCUUUUGUCUCUUGUUGAUUAAAUGGCUGCAGGGAGAGUUGUUUAUUUUGGGAAAAAUAAGGUUGUGUUGCCUUCUGUCUACAUUUCAAUUUUUUUUAUUUUUUUUUAAACUAAUCUUCCGUACUGGUGUGGUUUCUAUGGAAAUGGCUCCUCAUCAUCCCACCUGCACCGUGGCCUUUGUAACCACCAUGUGUUUACUUCCCAGCAAACCACCAAGACUCGUUCCAAACAGUCCAGAUGUACUUAAUUUAGUCAUGAUCAGGGCAGCUCACAGCAACAUUAGAACGGUUAAUGAUUGUUAUUACAUGCUAAAAGAGUAUUCUCUGGUGGGAUUUUUGUUCGGCAGCUUGCCAGCCCCGCUUAGUAUGGUUACCAUGGCAAAACCGUGUUAAUCACUGUUCCAGUCACAGAAAAUUAGCUCCCCAUUUCCUCUUUUGGCUCUGGGGCAAAUGGCCAAAAUUGCUUUGGGGGUAUUGGAGUCACAUCCAUAAUCUGUUUUGGAACUGGAAUGGCAUGGGGAAAUGUACGUAAACUUGAUCGAGGAUGCGUUGUUAACCUGUUUGAUGCCACACAUUGUGACUUCACCUUUUGGAAAUGAAAAACACUAGUGUAGAGCAUUAUUUUCCUGCUUAUAUGAAGUAUAUUGUCACCGACUCCACUCAAAAUGCCCUGAAAACUAUCCUGACGUAUUUUGGAUUUACAAUUUGCACAUGCUUUAAAAAGUAUAUAAUGUAAUAUAUAUUCUUGUAUGUAUUUUAAAUAAAGUUUUGUGAUAAAUAG